ACGAAAGGCAGCAAAGCUUCGGCUCUGAGUCAGUGGAUGUUACAAACAGUGCCCGGAGCCGGGAACACCACUCUCCUGGGAUUUCCGUACACGUCGCCGAACUCUUACUCUGAACAGGAUAUCUGGGAUUGGCUGGGGAAUGGCUCGGAUCAGCGGGAGGAAUCCCACACCAGGAUCAAGAGGAGGCCGAUUGUUAAGACCGGAAAAUUCAAGAAAAUGUUCGGCUGGGGCGAUUUUUACUCGAACAUCAAAACCGUCAAACUAAACCUGUUGAUCACGGGUAAAAUCGUGGAUCACGGCAACGGGACCUUCAGCGUGUAUUUCCGCCACAACUCGACCGGCCAGGGCAACAUAUCGGUCAGCCUCGUCCCCCCGACAAAAACGGUGGAGUUCGACCUGGCGCAACAGACAGCGAUCGACGCCAAAGAUUCGAAAAUAUUUAACUGUCGCGUGGAGUACGAGAAGAUCGAUAGGGCCAAGAAGACGGCGCUGUGUAAUUACGACCCGUCAAAGACUUGCUACCAGGAGCAGACUCAAAGCCACGUGUCCUGGAUCUGCUCAAAGCCCUUUAAGGUUAUAUGUAUCUACAUCUCCUUUUACAGCACGGACUAUAGACUGGUGCAAAAGGUGUGUCCUGAUUACAAUUACCACAGCGAUACGCCAUACUUUCCCUCCGGAUGAAGCUUAUUGACUUGCUUCAGUGACGUGGUGGCUCUGGGAUGAUAAGCGGGAUGAUUUGCGCGCUAAAGGCCUUGAUGGUAGCAGUUUAUUUAAUAACUGUUGUGAAGAUGUUCU